UCAGAAUUGAGACAGUCGUGUUUUGAAGAAAAAAAAAUUGAAUUUUUAUAUUUUUCCGAGUGCUCUUCUCCCUUUUUGCGUUUGUACGAGCAAAUAACACUUCGGUUUAUUCACAGUUCGUGUGUAUUUAGUGCGGGAUUUUGUGCUGUUAUAUCAUCACAUUUUUACACAUUAUCACAGAAUUUUUCGGAAAUUCUAGACAAUCAAGUAAUUUUUGAGUAAUAAGAAAAAAAAUCACAAAAAAUGAGAGAAAUUGUGCAUUUACAAGCCGGCCAAUGCGGAAAUCAAAUUGGAUCAAAGUUUUGGGAAAUUAUCUCUGAUGAACAUGGCAUCGACCCCACAGGGCAUUAUCACGGCGAAAAUGACUUGCAAUUGGAACGCAUUGACGUUUAUUAUAACGAAGUUAAUGGCAACAGAUAUGUGCCACGUGCCGUCUUGGUAGAUUUGGAGCCAGGCACUAUGGAUUCUGUCCGUUCAUCGCCUUAUGGAAAUUUGUUCCGUCCCGAUAAUUUUGUCUAUGGACAAUCUGGAGCUGGAAACAACUGGGCCAAAGGUCACUACACAGAAGGCGCCGAAUUGGUAGAUUCCGUGCUCGAUGUCAUCCGCAAGGAAUCCGAAGGUUGCGAUUGUCUCCAAGGUUUCCAAUUGGCACAUUCGUUGGGAGGCGGCACCGGAUCCGGCAUGGGAACCUUGCUCAUAUCGAAAAUCCGCGAGGAAUAUCCCGACAGAAUCAUGAACACAUUCUCCGUUGUUCCAUCACCAAAGGUGUCAGAUACCGUCGUUGAGCCAUACAACGCCACAUUGUCUGUCCAUCAAUUGGUCGAAAACACUGACGAGACAUUCUGCAUCGAUAACGAAGCACUUUAUGACAUCUGCUUCCGCACAUUGAAAUUAUCAUCUCCCACAUAUGGCGAUUUGAAUCAUCUUGUUUCGAUUACAAUGUCUGGCGUUACAACGUGUUUACGUUUCCCCGGUCAAUUAAAUGCCGAUUUGCGUAAAUUAGCUGUUAAUAUGGUGCCAUUCCCACGUCUACAUUUCUUCAUGCCUGGAUUUGCGCCACUCACUGCCAAAGGUUCGCAGCAAUAUCGUGCCUUGACGGUGCCCGAGUUGACAGCUCAAAUGUUCGAUGCCAAAAAUAUGAUGACAGCUUGCGAUCCGCGACACGGCAGAUAUUUAACAGUUGCCGCCAUUUUCCGAGGUCACAUGUCCAUGAAGGAAGUCGACACACAAAUGUUGAAUGUGCAAAAUAAGAACAGCCCGUAUUUCGUCGAAUGGAUUCCGAACAACGUCAAAGUGGCAGUUUGCGAUAUUCCGCCACGUGGCUUGAAGAUGUCGGCGACAUUUAUUGGAAACACGACGGCAAUUCAGGAGAUUUUCAAACGCAUUUCGGAACAAUUUACGGCAAUGUUCCGUCGUAAGGCCUUCUUGCAUUGGUACACGGGCGAAGGUAUGGACGAGAUGGAAUUCACGGAAGCCGAGAGCAAUAUGAAUGAUUUGGUGUCGGAGUAUCAACAAUAUCAAGAAGCCACUGCCGACGACGAAGUCGAGUUCGACGAAGAACAAGAACAGGAACAAGAUGAAAUGGAAAAUCACCAUUAGGUACCUGCUAACGACGUUUUUUUUUCAUAAAAACUGACCAACAAACUUCGUCUUUGAUUUGCACCAGUGUUUAAUAUUUUUUUUUAAAUUAAUUUUUAAUGACGAAUUGUCCUAACAUUGAAGAGAAAAAGAAAAAAAUAGUAUUCUGUAUAAAUUUGUAAAAUAAACAAAUUUAAUAAAAUAAAAAAGAUGCAAAUAAAAUACGU